AUGACUGAACUUGCCGACACUCAGAAAAAGCGCAAGCUGCAGGACGGCCCCGAGAUUGAAAUCGAUGUUUCGGCGCCGGAGCCCCAGUCAAAGAAAGCUCUGCGCAAGGCAAAAAAGCACAAGGCAGAGGGAACCGACACUGAAAAGCCCAAGGCGAACAAAACCGAAUCCACCGAAACCGAGUCCCAGGCCCCGGAAAAGCGUUCUGACUAUGGCAUCUGGAUUGGCAAUUUGUCGUUCUCAGUGACCAAGGAUGAUCUCCGCCGAUUCCUCACCAGCAAUUGUUCCUUUGCCGACACUACCAUCACUCGAAUUCACCUUCCCAAGGGGGUUGAAAAAUAUGGAAGGCCCCAAAAUAAAGGGUUUGCCUACGUCGAUUUCUCCACCCAGGCGGCUCUGCAGGAGGCACUGGGUCUGAGCGAGCAUCUAUUGACAGGCCGUCGUGUGCUGAUCAAGAAUGCAAAGAGCUUUGAGGGGCGGCCCGAAAAGUCCCGCGAUCACGGGGGCAAUGCGGCCGGCUCUGCGGCCAAGCCCGGUCAUGCUCCAUCCCGACGAAUCUUCGUGGGCAACUUGGGAUUUGAUGUCUCCAAAGAGGCCAUGGAGGAACAUUUUGGUCAAUGUGGAACACUGGCCAAUGUACAUAUGGCAACCUUCCAAGACACCGGGAAGUGCAAGGGGUAUGCUUGGGUGGAGUUUGAAGACCUCGCGGCCGCAGAAGCAGCUGUGAGGGGGUUCACCAUGGUCGACGAAGAAGAUGAGGAGGAAUCCGACGAUAGCAGCUCCGACUCGGACUCCUCGGACUCCGCGACACGAAAGCAGACCAAGCCCAAGAAGCCCCGACAGCGGAGGGUGUGGGUGAACCAGCUCAUGGGUCGGCGCAUGCGAAUGGAGUUUGCGGAGGACCCGACAACACGGUACAAGAAACGCUUCGGCAAAGAUAGCGAGGAGAAGAGGAAAGACCUUUCCACCGAGGCCAAUGAUAUUGCCGAUGAUUCAGGAUAUCAGCCCCGGGCCCGAAAGAUCAAACAACCCAUCGACGAAUCUCGAUAUUCCAAGCAAACGGUGCAAAAACUCAGCGGAGCCAUUGUGGAGUCCCAGGGCCGCAAAACCACAUUUGACUGA